CCACAGGGGGUCAUGGAGGGCUGGGUCACAGUGCCCUAGAGUCCUAAGAGGCAGCUCAGUCCAGCUGAAUACUUUCUUUCUGGGAUCAUCUUUCAAGUUCAGCCAUUCUUCAGCUGUGAAGCCUUGGGCAAGUCACUUCACUAUUCUGAGCUUUGGCUUCCCCCAUCUAUAAAAUGGGUAUAAAAAUAUCACGCUAACUAGGUAUCUGAGCACAUGCUGUGCCUUGCUGAGAACGUGACAGACAUUAUUCCUUCCUCACAGUAACCCUGUAAAGUGGGAUUAUUAGCCUAUUUUACAGAAGAAAAUGAAGCUCAGAGAGGUUAAGCCAUUAGUCAAAGACAGCAAAUAAAUCUGGUUCCAAAGUCUGCACACUUUCUACUCCCCAUCCAUCCUCCCCACAGGGUGCUUUUAAAGAAUCAAAUGGCCUUAUGCAAAUGAAAAAAAAUCAUAAGACACAUUUAUACCAUCUGCAUGUGAGUCACCACACUUAGAUCCUAUAGAAGAUUGGGGCUCUUUGUAAACUGUGAAGUGCUAUAAAAAUGUUCUCUCUCUUGAGGUUGAAAACAUUGGGGUGAUACUACAGACAAUAUCUGGCAAACCGCCUUAGUCAUAGAUAGAGACCAUGCCUUAGGGGUCGUGUUUAGGACUUGUAGCUGAGAUGUCCUGGCUUGGGGGUGAGUGGUAAGUGGCAGACAAGGGCCACGAUGCUGAUGCCACUGUGACCUUCCUUCCUCUUUACAGCUUGGCCAUGGAACUUCAGAAAAUGUAGGUUGGCUUUGUGGGGAAGGGGAGAGCCUUAAAUGCUUACUACAGUAAAGUUAGAAUUUUCAGAUAAAAACAAACAUAAACACCUAAAAUCUUACACCCAGAGAUAACCAUUGUUGACAUUUUGACAUUUGUUAUUCCAUGCUUUUUUUGCAUUGCACACAUACAUUGGAAAAUUGGACUAUAUCCUAAUAUGGUUUUAUUACUAGUUCUUUUCACUUAAUGGCAUAUCAUGACCAUAUUUCCAUAUUAAUAGAUGUGUUAUCACAUCAUUUUAAAGGCUGCAGAAUGUCUCUUCAUAUGGAUGGAGCAGAAUUUAUUUAAUCAAUGUCCCACCGUUAGGUAAUUAGGUAGUUUCAAUUCUUCACCAUCAAAGCAGAACUCUGAUGGGGAUCUCUGUAACCUGAGGGGCAUUUCUGUAACCAAAUUUUUGUAUAGGCCCUUGAUUAUUUCCAUGGGAUACAUUCCUAGUGGGGUAACUGCUGAUUCAAGGUUAUGUACAUUUUAAGGCUUUUGCUCAGUACUAAAGGUCUGCUUCUGACACACUCUGGAAUUCAGGGGCUCCUCAAAGCUCAGUGCAGAAAACUUUAUGGGACUUUGACCCUUCCUAUCUUACAAAUCCAUUUGCAGUGAUAAGGCUAACCACCUCAUAUAUGGUCUUUAUCAGGUGCCAGGCUCUUAUCUAAGAGCUUUACCCUCUGAUAUACUACUUUUAGCUUCCUUUACAGAAGGGAAAAAUGAGGCACAGAGAAGUUAAACAAUUCAACCGGAAUUAUGGCCCUAAUAAGCAGUGGAAUUGGGGUCAUGAGCCUUGACAAGGUGGUUCCAGAAUCUAUGCUGUCCACUGUUUUCUUGGGAAGUGCUUUGAUUCCAUCUCCAAAGAUAUUCUCCCCCAUCCCUUUGAUCUUUCCUGCCAUCUCCCGACCUAUGUCAAGCACCACCAUCCUAGCCUGGAGCACCGCUGGAGUCCCUAACUGGUCUUCUGUUUCCACACUGUUCCCUGCUCUGCAGUGGAAUGGCUUUUAAAAUGAAAAUAGGAUCAGGUCACUUUCCCCUCAGCACCCCACACUCCCUAGAAUAAAACUCAGCUGCAACCCAGCUUCCAGGGCCCACCUCCUUUCUCUCUGGAUUAAUCCUGAGCCACUUUUCCACCCCAGCUCCAUCGGUUACACCUCAAUCACCCGGGAUUCGUUUCACUUCCUCCAUUUGGCAGACCUUUUAUCACAUUAGGACUUUGGUACAUGCUGUUCCCUUGACCUGGAAUGUUCUUCUUCCGCUCUGCACUGCUGGAGUCUUCUCAAACUUCAGUCUCAGCUUUCAUGUCACCUCUUCGAAGAAACCCCUGGUGGUCUCAUCUGAAGCAGCCAAUGCUCUAAGCCCCAUUUUCAUUUUUUUUUGUCCGUUAUAGUGUUCAUUAAAAUUAUAUAUGUAUUUAUUGCCCACUCUUCACCAAAUGUCCCUUCCCCUCACUAGACUUCAAAGACUUUGAUGAAGUCAAAGACCAUGUCUAUUUUGUUCAUCGUUAUUGACCCAAUGCUUCACACAGCACCUGGCAUAUGGUGUGCACUAGGUAAUUCAAUAACUGUAGAAAGGAUGAACUGUCCACAGAAGAAGGUGUUCAUUAGAAAGGAUGCUUGGUAAACUAUCCCAGUUUUGGUCAGAGCUGUUCCAUCCUCCUUCUGUAGAUCUUCAUUUCCUCUUCCCUAUACAAAGCAGUUAACAGAGUCUCCCUGGAAGAAAACCAGGGAGUCAUGAGUGAGAGAGUAUAAGCAGGUUUUGCUUCAGGUAUCAACUCAGUCAGGGUAGGUGAGAUCAUUCCAGGGACACAAGGAAGACUCACUGCCCCCAAAUUCCCCUUGCACAGUUCCUGGAUUCCUACCACAAGAGAUUUAUGGCCAUGAGGAAUUUCCUGAGAAUACACAAACACUAUCUAGUUAAUAACACACAUCCAGCAGGUAACUGAAUGGAUGAGUGUUCUGCCUGUAUGACUGUACAUGACAGUAGACUGGAAGUCCCAGCGUCACUAGUAACUAGCUUGGGUGAGAGCCACUUCUUGCCUUCUAUCUGCAAAGUAUGUGGUUAGGUCAGAGAAGUGGUUUUUAAACAUUAUUUUUUUCCUCAGCAGCUCAGCUCUUCUCUUAUUCAUAUAAUCAAUAUGAGAAAAGCUAAGUAUUUUGGUUAAAAUGGGGAAGCAGGGCUGGAGCCUUCCUCCUUCCUGACUCCCCUUUUAAGUCCCCAAGGGUGGUGGGAUGGCCAACCGUUGGACUCUAAGAUCAUUGUGCUCAGUGCUGCCAGGGUGGCCGUCUGUGUUCUGGUUGCAGCUUCUUGGGCACACGAAAUGACCAAAAGGAGAUCAGAGAGAACUUGCUGAAUCUGAUAUCUGAGGUUUUAGGCUGUGUAGUGUGUGAAUUUCAUAGCAAUUGGUGUGGAGGGCAGGCAGCCCCUUUAUGCAAGAAGGUUUCAGCCAUUUUAGAAAAGAAUGAGGGCCCAGGAGAGAAGAGGCCCAGAAGGCUCACUUACUCUCUCCACAAUCUAGAAAAAAGAAAUUGCCACCCCUACCCUUCUAGCCAGCAAUCUGGGGUCUUGAAAGGACCUCCAACCCACAUACUUGGCUUCCAGGGUUGGUUGUUUUGUCAAGCCCUGGGGAAACUCCCCUCCCCACCAACAGCUGGGCAGCUCUCUAGCCUUUGCUGCAGGCAGGUGUGCUCAAGAGGCUGCAGCCUGGGCCACCUGGCAGCUCCAGGUGCUCUGUGUGCGCUGCCAUGGAGAUGGGCCCCGGGGUUGGUGGCGAGAAAGCAGUCUUCCAAAGCUCCUCGGAUUCAGAAGAGAGACUGAAGCCUCAGGCCCUUCAGGGUAGUCUGCUGACCACAUUAGUGCCAAGGAGGCCCAGGACAUCUCUUGCCAGGCCUCCUAGCAUCUGGUGUGAGGAUGGCCGUGCAGCAGAGCCGGGAGCCCGAGUGCCCUGUCUGCUGGAACCCCUUCAACAACAUGUUCCACACCCCCAAAGUGCUGGAUUGCUGCCACUCCUUCUGCGUGGAGUGCCUGGCUCACCUCAGCCUAGUGACUCCCGCCCGGCGCCGGUUGCUGUGCCCACUCUGUCGCCAGCCCACUGUGCUGGCCUCCGGGCAGCCUGUCACUGACUUGCCCACAGAUACUGCCAUGCUCACCCUGCUCCGCCUGGAGCCCCACCACGUCAUCCUGGAAGGCCAUCAGCUCUGUCUCAAAGACCAGCCCAAGAGCCGCUACUUCCUGCGCCAGCCCCGGGUCUACACGCUAGACCUAGGCCCCGAGCCUGGGAGCCAGACUGAGGCCCCCCAGGCCAGGGCCCCUACCACCACGCCCAUUCCCAUCCCCAGCCACUACUCUCUGAGGGAGUGUUUCCGAAACCCUCAGUUCCGGAUCUUUGCUUAUCUGAUGGCUGUCAUCCUCAGUGUCACUCUGUUGCUUAUCUUCUCCAUCUUUUGGACCAAGGAGUUCCUUGGGGGUAUGGGGUGAACAUCUGUUCAGGAUGAGGAACCAAGCCCUUCUUGGUUGCUGCUGGGUAUGAGGACUGCAGAACCUCAUGUGGGGUUGUCUUCCUUUGUAGUAUUGUUCAUUCUUACAAUCCACGGAUUAGUUAGGCCAUGUGUUUGCUUCUGGGAGUCCUCUGAAAGCUAAAAGCUAAAAGAUGUGAAGAGACCUCUGGGUGUGAACCACGGGGCCAUGGAAGGGUGGAGAUGAUCUGAUUAGAGCGUUACACAGCAAGUUGUGCCAAAGGACUGGGUGUCUCCAGGAACCUGACUGGCCCAAACAGCAAGCUGAAUUUCUCACUGGAGCUGCUUUGAACUUGGCUCAUUUUUUAUUAUUAUGUUGCUAAAAAAUUUGGAAAGCAAGCUUCAAUUCUGUGGACAAACAUGUCUCUCCCUAGCAGUUUUCUCUGGAUGUCUUUACCAGUCCCAGUAAAAAUGGUCUGCAUUCAUCCACUCAUUCAAUCA